AUGGCAGGGCUGGGAGCUGAAAUCUCUCACGAUUCUUCAGCCUUUGCUGACAUCGCUGAUGCAUCGGCAGAUGCUCUGAUUUGUGAUCUCCCAAGUGGGGCCGCGCACAAGGCCAGCUCAGACGAGGAGUCCUAUAUGGCCUUCCUGCGACUGGCGGAGCGGAUCCUGCGGCCAGGAGGCCGCUGUGUCUUGCUCUCCAACCGGCAGGAGCUGCUCUCCAGGUGUGCCCAAAGUGGUCCCUGGAAAGAAGUUUGUUCCUGGGUGAUGGGGCGUGGAGAGGCGAACAUUCUGAAGUUUCUGCUUCUCGUGCUCGAGCGGCAGGCAUCCACGCUUGCACGCAUUGUGGGACUGAAGCAGAAACCAUUGCAACAGCCAGGCGACCAGUCCAACGCCAGUCCCUGGCAAAAGAAGGGUGCAAAGUUUGGAUGCAAGAGGUAG